AUGUCGAGGGUUUCAGCAAACGAUGAUUCAAAAGGGUUUGAUUUAACGUUUGGAUUUGCUGCUGGAGGCUGGUUUGGGAUGUAUCACUUUGGUGCUUGUCAAGCGAUUGUUGAUUCCGGAAUUAUUGAUCGAUUGACGGCGGAGGGAAAACGUGUUCGCUUUGCCGGAAGUAGCGCGGGCGCACUUGUUGCUUUGUGCAUGGUUUUGAAGAAUUACCGGUUCAAGGAAAUGCGGGAUUUUCUAAUGGGGUGUGCGGAGCAUUACCGUUAUUCAUGGCUUAACUUGUGUUGUAUAGAUCGAUAUCUUGACGACGCUUUGGAUCAAUUUGGUGGUCAUCUGAGAGACUUGGAGAUGAAGCAGGAGUUAUUCGACACGUUGAACGAUGGAUUACUGGAGAUAUUUGUGACAACGCUUCCAAAGAUGAAGUCAAAAGUUUUUACGGAGUUCCAUUCGCAUGAAGAUGUCGUGGAAGCCGUGAAAGCGUCUUGUUGUGCGGCGCCGUUUGUGGGCGUGCCGUUCCGGCUGCGAGGAACAGGGGAAUGGGUCUGCGAUGGUGGCUUGUCGAUUGUCACACCGCACAAUGGCGAGCCCCGAACAAUUACGGUGAGCCCUUUUUAUUGUAGCACGGCAACCGUACAUCCCACCAUUUUUGUUCCGUUCUGGUGGGUAUUACGCCCACCUGGGAAGGUUGCUCUCCGGAAUCUGUUUGCACUGGGUUACAAUGACAUGAUAGAGGGACUUGUUGUGAACGGUUACAUUACACCCGAGAAGGGCGAGUCAUUGCUAAGGCCUGAAGUACAAUUUUUAAAUGGGGGUGGUAUGUUCCGGCGUUAUGGUUUGUAUUUGCUUGAUUUUUUGGCUUUCAUAUUUGUUCGUCCGGUCGUAGUUUUAUGCAUUUACGUCGAACUUGCAUUCAUGAGUUUUUUCUAUUUCUUACGGGGUUUAUUCUGCCUGGAUAACAGACCAAUUAGGAGAAUGUAUGACAACCUGAGAAAUAUCGUGUCUAUUCGUACAUUGGGUAGACUUAUUUUCGGCGAAAAUGUACCGCACAAUGUCGAGCGUCUGGAGAAAAGUUCUCGGGUUUACCGCGUGUUUAAUCCAAUUCUCUUGGGAGGGAAAAAUACCACGGAGAGAGCUGUCAUGAGUCCCACAGGAGUUUGCAGUGGUGUUAUGCCUACACUAUCUUCCAAAACGCGGAAGAGGGCAACGAGCGCUGCCCAAGAGAAGUCGGGGAAAAUUUAUCGCCGCUUGUGA